CUCCACUUCUCUCAUAAACCACCUCUCUCUCUCUCUCUCUCUCUCUCUCUCUCUCUCAUAACUUGUCUUCUACAACACCCAACUAUUCGCUUUCCAUCAUGACGGACCCCUACUCAAGUUACUUGAAUGGAUGGAUCAGCUUCAACCCUCUUCACCACUUCUCUUCUCCUCCUUCGUCGUCAUCUUCUUUCUCUUCCAAAUCCGCGAACAAUUACUACAAUUCUUCUCACUGCUUCUACUCUCUCUAUGACUACAAUCACGUCUACAACGCCGCCUCUUUACCUCACUCUUCUCCUCCUCCAUCUCCGCCCCUGAGAGAAGCACUCCCUCUCCUCAGCUGCUUAAGCCCCGGGAGGCAUGAAGAAGAAGAGCAAGCCUCACUUUCUUCUCCUAUGGAGGUUGACAACCCCAGCAGUCAAAAGGACAACUCCUUUCCCCAUAAUUCAGCAGAUGUUGCCGAUGAAGAUGAUGAUGGGGAUGGUGAAGCUGUGACGGUGGCUCUCCACUUGGGGCUUCCAAGCCCUAGCUCUGCUGAUUUGAUCUCAAGGCUCUCCUCAACAGAGAUCAACUCAGACAAGGAAUUGGAUCAAGAGACCACUGUGGCUUCUUCUGGGUACUUCACAAGCAACAACAAGCUCAACAAGGGCCAGUACUGGAUACCCACCCCUGCUCAGAUACUUAUUGGCCCUACACAGUUCUCAUGCCCUCUUUGCUUCAAGACCUUCAACAGAUACAACAACAUGCAGAUGCACAUGUGGGGACACGGGUCCCAAUACAGGAGAGGACCGGAGUCGCUGAGGGGGACGCAGCCGACGGCCAUGCUGAGGCUGCCAUGCUACUGCUGUGCGCCGGGAUGCAAGAACAACAUCGACCACCCGAGGUCGAAGCCGCUCAAGGACUUCCGCACCCUCCAGACCCACUACAAGCGCAAGCACGGGAUCAAGCCCUUCAUGUGCCGGAAGUGCGGCAAGGCGUUUGCUGUGCGUGGCGACUGGAGGACCCACGAGAAGAACUGUGGCAAGCUCUGGUAUUGCUCUUGCGGCUCUGACUUCAAGCACAAGCGGUCGCUCAAGGAUCACAUCCGGGCGUUCGGGAGUGGCCACACGGCUUAUGGGAUCGAGGACGAGUGUGGCUUCGAGGAGGAGGAGGUGGCUACUUCUGAGAUUGAGCAGGACAACAAUUUCGAGAGCGCCAAGUGAUUAAAUGAAGAUGGUGUGUCAAAGUGAGGUUGUGGUUGGAGGAUGAUCAGCCGAUCCAUAGUUGAUGAUACUAUUGUUUUGACACGGUUUGUGGUCCGACAGUCAAAAAAAAAAAGAAGAGACUUUGGACCCUUAGGGCGCUUUUCUUUUAUCUUUUUCUAGCUUAACGAGAACUUUCCUUUUAAUGUAGAUCUUCAAUGGAGAUGUGUUAGCCUUUGAUC